AAGAGCACGAAACAAUUGACCACGAAAAGGAAAACUGCUAUUUCAAGCAACUGAAAAUACAAGCGAUUAUUAUAAAUAACCAUUAAGAGGCGUUUGCACUUGAGUUUCGUAAAUUUUGAGAGUAAGCAAUAUUUACAAUCACAAUGAAAUGUCAUUAUGAAGUAUUGGGAGUACAAAGAAAUGCUACUGAUGAUGAUAUAAAAAAAGCUUAUAGGAAAUUAGCAUUGAAAUGGCAUCCAGAUAAAAAUUUAGAUAAUCCAGAAGACGCUAAAGAACAAUUUCAAAUUGUUCAACAAGCUUGGGAAGUUUUAAGUGAUCCUCAUGAACGUACUUGGUAUGAUAAUCAUCGAGAAGCUAUCCUUAAGGGUGGUAUUGAUGAAAAUUAUAAGGACGAUUCCAUUGAUCUCUUCCAAUAUUUUUCAACUACUUGCUUCAAAGGCUAUGGAGAUGAUGAGAAAGGAUUUUAUACAGUAUAUCGCAGUGUAUUUGAAAAAUUAGCAGCUGAAGAUGCAGAAUUUGCGAAAGAAGAAGAUUCAGACGAAGAAGUUCCAGGAUUUGGAGAUUCACAGAGCUCAUAUGAAGAUGUUGUUCAUAAUUUUUAUGCUUAUUGGCAAAGUUAUAGCACAAAAAGAUCAUUUGCAUGGUUAGAUACUUAUGACAUAAGAGAUGCACCUAACAGAAAAGUUGUGAGGCUUAUUGAGAAAGAAAAUAAGAAAGUUCGAGAUAAAGCUAAAAAGGAAAGAAAUGAACAAGUAAGGAAUUUAGUUGCUUUCGUACGUAAACGCGAUAAAAGAGUGCAACUACACGUAACGAAACUGGCGGAACGUGCAAAAGAAAAUUUGAAGAAAUCAGAAGAAAGAAAAAGACAACAGGUAUUAGAGAGACAAAAACAGUUAAAAGAACACAAAAUGUCAGAUUGGUUGAAAUGUUCACACAUAGAAGCAGAGCUAAAAGUUAUUGAAGCCAAUCUUAGUAAAGAAUUUGGCGAUGAUUCAUCUUCAGAGGAUGAUACAGAUAAUGAAAAUACAUCGAAUGAUAAUGCUCUUUAUUGUGUAGCUUGUAACAAAAUAUUUAAGACACAGAAAGCAUUUUCAAAUCAUGAAAAUUCUAAAAAACACAAGGAAAAUAUUACUACAAUGAAAGCAUUUAUGAUGAAAGAAGACGAAGAAUUUGAAAGUUCCGAAGAUAUUGAUGUUAGCUCUCAAUCAUGUUCAGAAAAUGAUAAAAAAUUAGCGACAAAUUCACAGAUGCCUGAUUUCUUAUUAAAUCCCUCUCAAAGUAAUACAAAGGAUAAUAAUAUUGACAGACAGGAGACUUCAGAAGAAGAAUUAAUAUCAGAUGAUGAAGACACAGAUGAAUUUCAUAAGUCAAAACAAACGAAAUCUUAUCCAGUAGGAAUCAAACCUGCUACAGGACCUCAAAUGGAUGAUGCUUUUUACAUACCACCGAAAAAUAAUGAAGAUAAUCAUGAAUAUUUAACAUCUGAAAGUGAGCUUAUUUCUGAUCAAGAAAAUGAAGAAAUUAUGCAGUCUAAGAAAGAAAAGAAGAAGAAACGAAAGAAAAAUGUUCAAAAUCCAAUAGCAGACCAAGUUGAGGAUGACGACUCAAAAGUAAAUGAAGAUAUUUUACUGUCAAAGAAACAACGUAAAAAGCAGCACCAAAAACAAACAAUGCUUGGUAAAUUUGAAAAGGUUUCUGAUAAAACAUUUGAUGACAAAUCAGAGGAGUGUGAAGGAGAGAUGGGCAAAGAAAUAACUGGGACUGAAGAUAAUUUAGAAACGAAUAAUGUAGUUAGUGAAAAUUCUAAGAUUAAUAAAUCUAAGAAUUCAAGAAAAAAAACAGAAAAGGAUGGUGAAAGCAAAAACAGAAAAGGAUCACAAACUAUUGAAGUUUCAGAUUUGGCACAUUGUUGUGUCACGUGUAAAGCUGAAUUUCCUAGUAAAAACAAAUUAUUUGAACAUUUAAAAAAAACAGGACACUCUGUAUAUAUACCGAAUCAAGUGAAAAAUAAGAAAAAUCAAGAGAAAACUAGUAACAGGAAGGGAAUAGACAAAAGAAGUCAUUGAUAUUUAAAUAAUUGAAU